GUAUCGUGCAUGGCAAUCUCAUGGGACUCCGCCGUUUUGGCCUGCGGUACCACGGAUGGGCAUCUUACCCUUUGGGAUUUGUCCACUGGAGGCGUUCGAUCUACAUUGGAUGACCAUUCCACCAAGGUCUUAUCCGUCGCAUUCACCUCUGAACAUGGCCUUCUUCAAUCUGGUUCCGAGGAUGGCGUCAUUCGUGUAUGGGACAUCAACCGGGGGUCUUUCCAAGAGAGAGAGCUAGGACGAAAAUGUUCUUUGGUGGCCUUUUCUCGUCUUGGAGAUCGUGUUGCCACGGUGCAUGAAGAUAAUCGCACCCUACGCUUAGAGAAAAUAUUCUGGCGCGACAUAUCCUCCAACGCCACAGCCCACAUUUCCGGAUCCAGAAUCUGGAACGUUGCCUUCUCUCCCGACGGGAAACGAGUAGCUUCGACCAGCUUUGACCACCAGACUCUGAUCUGGGAUGCAAGCAGCGGGGAACUGCUGCCACCACUUCCUCAAAAAGGCGACCCCCCGCGUUGCUGGGGUCUUGCCUUAGCAUUCUCUCCAGACGGGACACUCUUAUUGUCAGGGAAUCAGGAUGGCUCCGCGUUGAUGUACAGGACGAGC